AAACGCACUUUAUCCAAAUUGGUACAAAAUUGAGAAAAAUGGAGGGGGCGGGUAGCAUUUUUCUGAAAGCAAAAGUAUGAACAAAACUCAAUUUAAGCAUACAUUGAUCUACAUGGUAUAUAAUUAGUAUAUCAAGGAAUACUGUACAGAAAAAAAAUGUUAUAUUUAACUAAUUUUAUUCGCACCACAGUUUUUGUCUUUAGAUAAAGGAUCAGGUGGUACUUUCCGAGAAUGUCCAACUUUGGCAUAUAGUGCUUUUUGCAAAGGAACCCUCUAAAUUAUAAAGCUGGUAGAUUCUGCUGGUUAAGUUAGUCUUUUGUUGCUGCUGCACCACCAUGAAGAUUUCUCUAUCCUUUGGCCUUCUACUGCUGGCCCUGUUUGCCUCUGGGGAUGCGGCAGUGCCCAUUGUCAGCGGAUUUUUGCCACCCCCAGAGGGUACCGGAGCAUCCCCAGCGCCGGACCAGUGGUUUGAGCAGCCUCUGGAUCACUUUGACGGCGCCAACCCCAGGACAUGGAAACAGAGAUAUUUCACGUCAAGCGCCCACUACACCAAGGGAGGCCCACUGUUCGUGUUCAUCGGGGGCGAAGGAGGGAUGUCUCCCAUCUGGCUGGAUGAAGGCGCAUGGGUGGAAUACGCCAAGACCUACAAGGCUUUUCUGGUGGCGAUAGAGCAUCGGUACUACGGCAAGAGUCGCCCGACUGAGUGCCCUAGCCGCCUGGUUCCGGUACAAGUACCCGCACAUCGCCCACGGCUCUGUGGCCAGCAGUGGACCUGUCCUCGCCAAAGUCGACUUCUUAGAGUACUUCGAGGUUGUGGAUGCCUCGCUGAGAACUUACGACGGUCGCGGGGCUUGCAAUGACGCCAUUUCCAAGGCCACCCAAGAAGUACAAGCCAUGACGGAAACAAAAGCAGGAAGGGACAAGCUUUUCUUGCUAUUCAAACUGUGUGACCGUCUGAACAUGAGCAUCCCUGAAGACAUUUCCAGCUUCUAUGAAAGUCUCAGUGGCCCCUUUGCCGGGGCUGUCCAGUACAACAGUGGACCGAUACUUCAUCCAGCAGUGCACAGACAUUUACGGUAGUCAGUUCAUCAAGACACUCGUGAGUCGUGAUAUCGUGAGGAGCAACGAAGACUAUGCCGGUCUGGGCCCCAAAAUGUCUCGUGUCGUGUUCCCCAACGGCUCCAUAGACCCAUGGCACGCCCUGGGAGUCUUGAAGGACAUAGGGCCUGACGCUAAGGCCAUAUUCAU